CAGCACUUUCUGCUGCAAGCCGGCAACACCCCGACUUCAAGUUUGCCGGUUUGCUGGGCGUUCACAGGAUCGGUACGCGAACGCCCAAGGCACUGAGCUUACCAGACACGCUCAGCUACCUUUCGCACCCAACUGGCGUCUGAUCUUAGCUUCUCAUACCCAUGUGUCCAGUUUCCUCCGAGUCGCCGGCUGAGAAGACCCUCCUGUGGCCGCUCCGAGACCGACGACUUCAGCGAACCCACUUGCCUACAUGUACGAGAUGGAGUCCAGCAAGCGCCGUUGGAGAUCACUAUUGCCGGCCACACGGCCACCCAUGCUUCGGCGAACGGACUCCAGCUCAUCCGAUGCCUCGCAUGAUUCGCGCCGGUCACUUGGCUCGCACGAGUCCGAAGACCAGUUCGCCUUCUCCCCUGUCCAUACACCGGCGAAGGAGAAUCCCCCGCCGUCCCGAGCUGCGGUUCCGCGCUACGUGACAGAUCCUUCGGCUGGCAGGCACGGCCUCCUCCUGGGGAAGGCAGUUCACACCCACCCCCCGAACUCGGAGAAUAAUUCGACAGCUACGAACGACGAGCUACUCAGCCCGAAUAGCAAGAGCAGGCCAAUAGCCAUCGAUCUGCCCGGACCCGGAAGUGCUUACCCAACCGCUCCAACCUCUUCCAAUCCCACGGAGCCGCUGUCAGCGAGAGGCGACAUCGCGGGAGGAUACUUCCCUCUUCACGAAGACCCCGAGUCCCGCGUUCGCGUCCCCCACCCCUUCCAUCACGACGCCGACAAGGCCCGGCAAAGCUCUCUGCAACAGGCUGCCGAGUCCAGCAAAUGCGGCACGGAUUCUCGCCCGAUGCGGUCGUCGGACGCUUCCAGGCCUCCGUUCGUUCCGUUGAUCCGCUCAACCAGCCCGUCCGCAUCUCCGCAUACCCCCGUCUCGUCCUACAUGCCCAGCGGCGCCCACCAGGAUGUGGUCCUACCCUUGGGCAAGUACUACCCCACCAACUGGGAGAAGCGGCACGGAAAAGACCCCCGACACCGACCGUCGACGUUGGUAGCACACCCCACUGCUCCAGUCAGAUCUGAGCCUCAAGUCCCGAAGUAUCACGACGAUCUCGGAUCUGCCCGGCCCGGCUCCGACGUCAAGCGCCGUUUGCAGCAGUACCAGAGAGACAUGGUAGCGCAAGCCGCCAUGGCCGCCAGUGCCGUGCUCGCCAACAGCGCAUCCACGACAAGCUCCGCGGGGUCCCCCUCCCCUGGCGGACUCACCUUGCCGGCCGCCAACCUCGCCGCGGCCUUUCUCAAGACGCACAAACCGCUCUCGCCGAGGUUACGGCCUGUCGGGAGCCCCGGCGGGCCAGUCACGCCGAUGUCGUUGGAAGGGGAAUGCUACCUGACUCUCCGCUUACCAGCCGCCGGCUCGGAUGCCGCAUCGUCCACCGCCGAGGCCGGAGAUGCGAUGGCCGCCCCGAGUAAAGAAACGUAUCAUCGCCGGCGGGACUCUCGCUCUUCGCCUGUCGAGUUGGGCACCGUAUCCGUUUGAGUGGCCUUUCUCGCCGAUGCUUUCUCAUUGUUAUCGUUGCAUUAGGAGGACACAGGACGUGUU